AUGAACAUUAGCUAUCCAUUUCGACUGAGGGGUGAUCCGACGGUCUGCGGCAAUCCUAACUAUGAGCUAGCUUGCAUAGAUAACCACACCAUUAUCGAUUUGUACUCAGGCAAGUACCAUGUACAUUCCAUUGAUUAUACCAACUAUACGAUUAAGAUUGCCGAUGUCAAUCUACAAAAGGGUAAUUGCUCAUCUCUUCCUCUCCGCUCUUUGUCAUGCCGCUUCAACGGAUCAGAUCUGUAUAGAUGUGGGAGAUACCUGUUCAAUGAUCUAGAAUUAUCCAAGACUGUUUCAAUUGUGAACUGCACGAAGGCCGUCGCUUCUCGGCUAUACAUUGAUGCUUCAUCAUGCCUUGAUGGAGUUGAAAUUUCUAAUUUUUCCAGUACAAGAAGGCAAUUAUAUGCCAUGGUCGGAGCAAAUGUCUCCAAUGUGGAAAGUGAGUGCACUAUAGAGCGUAUGGCAAUGAUACCAGGGUGGGCCGAUGGAGACAACCUUCGUUCCUUUGCCCAAAUUCAUGAUCUGAUGGUUUACGGGUUUGAGCUUUCAUGGUUUCCAAUUGCCUGUAAGAUGUAUUGCAAAGAUUAUUAUGUGUGCGACGUCAACGACGAGAACCAAAUUCAGUGCAUUGCCAAGAAAGAUAUCCGCCAUUACCUCACGGGUAUCGUUGAGACAAUUGUAAUGAUUUCGCACAUUAGCAUCGGGAUCAACCUUUACCCUUAUGCGACGCUCUCGCUCUUUGGCAACGCGUUUCUGUUCAUGGUUGUGAAAUUCAUCUUGGGAGUCCCAUGUGUGAUGAUGUUACUAAUAUGCAAAUGGAGGAGAAGACACUUAGCAAUGGAUCAAAAUGUUGAAGAAUUUUUGCAAUCUAAUAGCUUCUUGCCGAUAAGGUAUUCUUACUCGGACAUCAAGAAAAUCACAAGUGGUCUUAAGGAUAAACUAGGCGAGGGAGGGUAUGGUUCCGUGUUCAAAGGAACACUCCGGAGUGGUCGUGUAGUGGCAGUCAAGAUUCUAAAGAAGGGAAAAACGAAUGGGCAGGACUUCAUUAGCGAAGUGGCUACUAUCGGCAGAAUUCAUCAUGUUAAUGUUGUUGAACUCAUUGGUUAUUGCUUCGAGAGCUCGAAACAAGCUCUUGUCUAUGAUUUCAUGUUUAAUGGGUCUUUGGAUAAGCACAUUUUCUCCCAAGAACAAGGGAUUUCUCUUGAGUGUAAGGAAGUGUACAAAAUUGCUCUUGGAGUGGCCAGAGGGAUUGAGUAUCUUCAUCGAGGAUGCGACGUGCAAAUUCUACACUUUGAUAUUAAGCCUCAUAACAUUCUUCUGGAUAGGGAUUCCACCCCAAAAGUUUCUGACUUUGGGCUUGAGUGUAUCCCACAGUUACAAUCUGUGUCUCUAACUAAUGCAAGAGGAACUUUACGGUACAUGGCUCCAGAGCUUGUCUUCAAGAACCUUGGAGGCAUCUCUUACAAAGCUGAUGUCUAUAGUUUUGGAAAACUAUUGAUGGAAAUGGCUAGUAGGAGGAAGAAUGGGGACGCAGUUUCAAAAUAUUCCAGUCAGAUUUACUUUCCUUUGUGGGUUCAUGAACAACUCGGUGAAGGAUUGGAAUUUCUAGUGGAAGAAGUUAGCGAGGAAGAGAGGAGAAUCAUAAAGAAGAUGAUAAUAGUUGCUCUUUGGUGCAUACAAUGGAAUCCUAGCGACCGCCCUUCAAUGUGCAAAGCCUUGGAAAUGCUCGAAGUAGAAGUAGAUAAUCUACAAAUAUCUCCCAAGCCACUAUUUUAUCCAGUAGAAAUGUCAAUAAGAGAUGAUGGAACUUGGACUAACGAAGGCAAUGAUGCUAUCUCCACUCCAUCAACUAGUGAAAUAACUUACGAAGAUUCUCGUCAAUAUUAUAUUAGUACUAGUAUUGCCCAAGCAUAG